UAACCGGCGCCGACGCAAGCGUCGCGACGUUCACCACUAAAAAAUAAAUUCAUUAUUUAUAAAUUAAAACUUCCCAUUUAGAAAUUUAAAGUGAAUCAGUGUACUCGUCAACCAUGAAAUAAUCCCACGGCAGUUUCACAUGCGAUCAAUAACACGUCUACAACCUACAAUUUGUAACGAGUGCAUACAAUAACCAGAAAAAACAAUGUUUCAUCUCGUUUAAUUAAGGAUUAUGCAAUUGAUGAAAAAUUUUCAGUGUUACCAGUGAAGUCAUGGCUAAUGCAGUUGAACAAAAAGAUGUGCAACAAAAUGGUGUUCAAACGAAUAGUUAUGUGACUGUGAUUCCAGUUGAAUAUCCAACUAAUAGAGUUUAUAAUGGACAAGCAGCGGAGUAUAUCGUGGAACAAUAUAGAAAUCUUCAAGAUGAUUACAUUCAAACUGACGACGUAACAAAUAAUCAAAACGCUCAUUAUUCGGUUUCUCAAAGAAUACAAAAUGGACCAUCAAAUUACUCAACAGUUUGCCCUCCAGAACCGUUUAAUAAUAACAGCGAAGGACAUUGUUCAAUUACUUCUUCUUCAGGGAUGAAAGGAGAUUGGAAUAGGGAUAACAAUUUGAAAAACGUGGAUAAUGUCGAUGCGGAAGUUGAAUCUGAAAGUAGUUUAAAUGAAAAACAGUUAAGUGAUGCUGGAGCUGCAUCCUUAAAUAAUAUUACCGGCGCAUCCAAUUCCAGUUCAGAAGCAUUUCAAGGUCAAACAAUUCCCACAUGUGUUUAUCUUCACGAUAAAGUAGCUGUUAUGUUAGAUAUGGAAGAUUCGCCAGGAGCAACCGUUGAGAUGAUAUGUUCAGCAAUUAUUAAUAGUGAUGAAUUAGGAUUAAAUAAACAAAUUACCCCGCAACUUUUUACGUUGUGGAUGACCAGCAAAUUAUUAGAAUUACAAUUAAAGCCAACCCAAAAACCUUAUGAAAUCCGGAAAUCUUGGAAAUCAUUGAUUAGUAAAUUUAGUCAUGGUUCGUGUAGUAGGCAAGAAAGAGAUGAACCGAUGAUUUAUUUUCAAAGAAAUGUGUUUUUUCCUCAAUAUUUAGAAGAAAAAAUAAAGGAUCAAAGAAUUUUAGAAUUAUUAUACGAAGAGGCUAAACAUAACAUUUUAGAAGGAAGAUAUCCUUGCGAAGUUGGUCAUUACAUAAUGUUAGGUGGAAUUCAAGCAAGAAUUGAAUUAGGUCCUUAUAAUCCUCAAGUUCAUUCGACGCAUUAUUUCCGUGAAGAACAGUAUAAAUAUCUUCCUAUUCACGUUAGGAAAAGUUCUACCUGGACUUGGUUACCGAUUAGUUCAAAGAAUUCGGCGGAAGUCAGGCUUUUGGAACAAUUUAAAAGAAUACCGACAUCCGCUACUAACCGAAAAUUAAUGAGAAAAUACUUAGAAUUUUGUUGGUCAUUACCAUUUUAUGGAUCUACAUUUUUCGAAGGACAAAUUGAGCAACCCGUUCGAGGUUUAACCAGUUUGAUAACGCGACAAGAUAUUCCCGUUUUAGUUGCGAUAAACGCUAAAGGAUUAUAUGUUAUAGACGAUAUAGAAUGUACUGUUCUUCUUGGUUUAAGAUACGAAGAAUUUAGCUGGGAUUACGCGAGACCUUCCAAAGAACACGAUCCGAACUGUUUUCCAUGUUUAUUUUUGCAAUUUCUAGUCGUUGAAAGUGGAGUAAGAGUUUCGAAAAUAUUACAAAUAUUUUCACGGCAAGGUUCUUUAAUGGACACUUUAAUAUCUGGAUUUGUCCAACAAAUUAAAGAGAAAGCAGCCGAUGAAAGUGAUCGACCGUAUAUGAAUCAAGUUAUUGGAGAAGAUACUCACGCCCCUAUAACCAUAGCAAACCCUCAACAUCCCUUAACAAAUUUACCAUCACUUACGAAUAAAUUAAGUCGUUUAACUUUAGCUACUUUUGAUGAGGACGGACAUUGUAUAGGACAAAUGGGAUCGUGGUCGUUUAGUUAUUAAGAUUUCUUUUGUAUUUAUGAAUAAAAUUAAAUUUUAUUGAAA